AUGGGCCACUCCGCAUCCGCAGAAUGCCCCGCCGGACCUGCCUCACCCUCCCCGAGCAGUCUGCUUUGGGUCAAGGUCCGGGCGGGCUGCAAGCUGCAAACCCCAACCACGGUGAACGGGGAUAACAUCGUGAAGGUCUGCAGGUGGCUAGUAGGGCGCCCCCACACCUGGCGCGUCUAUGCCACGAUUUCCGUGGGAAGAGGUCAGGGUCAGACUGAGAUUGUGGAGGUCCCCAGCAGUGGAGAUGUGAACUUCAACCACUCCUCGGUGCCCUUCACUUUGGAGGACAUCGUGGCCUUCGAACGGGGCGUAGGGCCUCGUGCCAACUCUUUGGCAUCCAUGUCCCUGGCCUCCACGUUGCUGGACCGGCGCCUGCCGGAGAUGACCAUCAAAGUGUACAGGGUGAGGCGGCUCUGCCAGGACGCCCUGGUGGGAGUGGCCCGGCUUCCCAUCAGCACCACCGAGCUGGCUGGCACCUCCCGGGAUCAUACCAUCUUCCUGCCCAACAGCUGCGGUAUGAUCACCGUCCGGUGCAGCUUCAACUGCUCUGUGGCCGACUUACCGAAUCUGCAGAGCGUCUUGGCCUUCCCGAAGCGCCACUCCUUGGCCACCUUCGCCCAGGCGCUCGCCCAGCUGCUGCAGGGCGAGGAUGGCCUAGAGAUCCUGUCCCGGGCCCUGCCCACGUCUUUGAUCCUGCCGCUGACGCCGGAGGUCACCACGGUGAUGCAGAGCUUCCUUGUGUCGCUUUGCAACCAGGUGAGCAUGCUGUCUGAGGAUGAAACUGACAAUGAGGUGAUGCAGCGCUUGGCGCCACUGUCGAGAAGCAUUCAGGACUUCAUUGCUGGGUAUACCAAGUCCGAUUCAGACGUCGCCCUGUUGACGGAGGAGUGGCUCUGCGGCACCUUUUCCCUUUGCGCCCGGAAAGCUGGGAGCGGCCAGCGGCUUGCUUCCAUGAACAACUACAUGAUCAAAGAGUUCCUGAAGCAAGGAGAGCAGUAUCCAGGUCUGGACCACCUGGUUCCCGUUGAUGCCCAGGGCCAGCCAAUCCAAGAUUGGGUCAAGUCCCCUCCGAUGGUGAGGCGGGACUAUGUGCCCCGGGAGGCCAUUCUGGGCAAGGGGAUGUUUGGAACGGUUUGGCGAGCUAUGGAUCUGAGAUCCGGGCACUGGUACGCCGUGAAGAAGAGCCACAGCUGUCGACAGCCCACCGUGGCAAGAGAGCGCGAAGUGACGAACCACGUGUUGAUGAACCCCCAUCCCUUCAUCGUGCAAAUCUUUGGGAACCACUACAUCGAAUCCGGCGCCUGCUUCUCCUCCCUGGUCAUGGAGUUUUGUGCCGGCGGGGAUUUGCAGGACAAGGUGAAUUCUGCGCACGUGGGCAAUGAGUACCAACUGCCCAAGCAAGCGCUCACGUGGCUGGGGGAGAUCUUCCUUGGCCUGGAGCAUUUGCAUGUGGUGCUGGGCACCUUGCAGCGGGACCUGAAGCCGCGGAACGUGGUCUUUACCAGCGACGGCCGGGCGAAGCUCACUGAUUUUGGCAUGGGCCGGAUAGGCUUGGUGGCCACUGGUGCCUUUACCCUUCAGAACUGCCCGCCGGGCAGUCCGGCGUAUGUGGCGCCUGAAGUGGUGCUGCAGAAGCCGUAUGAUUUCAAAGCUGACAUCUACUCCUUUGGCGUUGUUUGCUGGAAUGUGCUGACUGGUGGCAUUCGAGACUCUGGCGGGGACUGGUCGACUCCUUGCUAUGCGUUCACACCGCACAAUUUCGCGAACCUGGCAAAUAAUCAUCGCCUGCUGGAGAAAUAUGUGAAGAAUCCUUCAAGGUUUCAGGCUCGGGCUCUUCCACGCGACGAUGCCAUCGAGCUGGUGCUUCUGCUGACGCGGCCGGACCCAGAACAGCGGCCGGAUCAUAGCAGACUACGGUCGACGCGCUUCAUGGCCCGGCUGCAAUUGCCGGUUCCUGAAGCACGCCGUGCUCAGAUCGAUGCGUGGGUGCAGACCCAUUCGAAGAUCCUAUUGGAAGAGUAG